CGGGUUUCAUUUUCGAAUAUGGCAGCGAGUCGAACGACAUGCAAACAUUGUACUACUUGGUGCGGCCACGAAAUCUAGCUUUCCUUUAUUACACCCUCGUUGACAGACUGUCUAAGUUUCCAGUGAUGGCCUUUUCAAGCUGUUCAAAGAACAGAGAAAGUCGCGCUGAUCAAGAUAAGGGACCCAUACAAUUUUUUUCAGGUUCGAGGUUUCCUUACUGCCAGUUUUCAAACUUUUACGAAGUGGAUAUCGAGAUGGCGGAGGGAGUGUUUCCGUCGGUGGAACAUUACUUUCAGGGAAUGAAAUUCAUACCAGAGGACAGAGUACGGUUCAUGAAGGGCGGAGAAUUCGACAAAAGGAAAGAGAGUAAGGCCUCAAACGCCAGAGAGGAAGUGGCGAAAGGGAGAUUUGCCAAGUCUGCCGGAUCUAAGUCGGGUUCUGCUAAAUACAGUUUGACGCUAGCAUCUGGUGGUUUAGACCAAGAGGUAGCUAAAAAGAGAAUGAAAAGAGCUUUGCAAAAGAAAUUUGAACAGGAACCCUUUAGAAGUCUACUUUUGGCAACCAAAGGUGUUCAAUUAAUCCAUAUCCCAAUGAGGGGUCGAAUUGAUUUCUGGACAGGGAAAAAAGACAAGAAGACUGGAGAAAUUGUUGGUGAGAACACAAUGGGAAAAAUACUCAUGGAAAUCAGGGGUAUUAUACAGGAAAACCGUAUUUCCUGGAAUAAGCGCCCACACUCUGAUGAGUGCCUUCCCCAAAAGAAGCGCCCUAGGUUAGGCCUACCCCCUAAUGUCAAACUAGCACAACCAUGAAAUAAACGUCCCUCUCUAUUUAUACCAUUUUGAGCUUCAACUACAGUGCGAUCAAUACAGGAGAAUUAGUUUGUUUUCUAUUAAGUCUCUUCCAAUUAAUUUUUUCCCAUGUGCUUACUGUUCUUUUAUUUUUUUUCCUACUGCCAUGCCCUUGGUAAAAGUUGUUAGCUUCCCAGGAUCAACUAGAACAUUCUUUAGUCUUCAAGCACUGGUAUUUUUUUUUAGGAUAAUAAAGUUAUUGGGAUGCAUUUGAAGAAAACAGUGCAUUUCUUGAUAAAGUACCUUCAUUUUAGUAAGUGCCCCUCCUUUAGUUUAAAUGUUAAAUAAGUAUUAGGGCUAUUUAAACAUUGGAUGGUAAGAAAUGAUUUUAAUUAUAGAUAUCUUUGAAUAAACUACCAUAAAUUCAACAAGCCACUCUUUUAUUAUAUAAGCUAUACCCACACCCACUCCCCCCCCUUGACAGAGCUUCAAGUUUUUAUUAAGAGUUCUUCUUUGAUGGGCCCCCCUCUGUCCCUUGCUCUUGUAUAAAAACCCCAAAAUAUAGAUGCAAGAAGAUAUAAUAAGGCUUAAACACUGCAAAGUCCAUUGUAAUACUCCAUAUAAUUAUUAUGUAUUGGGGCUAGGUAUUGUUUAAGAGCAAAAUCUUAAUGUAUUUGAAAACCUAUUUUAAUUUCCAUGUAAAGAUAAUUUGGGGGCUUUUCAAACAGAGAAAGUAGUGCAGUUGAAAUGAAAAAUGGUUAUGAGGCUCACCCUCAAGUAUUUAACCCUCUCACUGUAAAGAUUCAGAUAAGAAUCCUUCUUACUGUCUGCUUUACAUUUCAAAUGACUCAAGCUUAGGGCCGGGUUGUCCAAAGCUGGGUUAAGUGUGAAAUCUGAUUUCAGAGCUGAAAACUGUAAGAGAAAAUUCAGUAUAAUUCCUUUUUUCAACAAUUUUAUGAUUGGACACUAUAAAUAAAAGGGAAAAUUAUUUGAAAAAGGCUUUAGAACAAAGGAAUCAAGAAACCUAGAUUAAAAUUUUAAUUCUAGGUUAGCACUAAUUGGCUAUUGAUCAAUGAGGAGUAUUGUUCAAUGAAACAAUGCAUGUACCCUUGGUGGUGUUUUUCUUCCAUUCCAUCACCUUUCUUCUUGAAAAUUAAUUGAUACUAUAUGUACAAAUAACUGACACAGUUGCUAUUCUGAGGAGUGAUAGGAUAAAUAAACUUUCCCUCUCCAAUUAGUUGAUGAGGUAAUAGACCAAUUUCCAUUGUUCUAAUUUUUU